AUGCGGCAAGCGAAUGAAGCCAUACGCCGGGUACGACACCCCAUUCCUACCGUGAACGAUGUUAGUUUUGCACUCAACGGGACACAAUAUUUCACUAAAUUUGAUCUAUCUCAAGCUUACCAUCAACUAGUGCUAGAUCAAGAAAGCAGAUUUAUUGCCACGUUCAGCACUCAUGUAGGAUUAUAUCGUUACAAGCGUUUGAACUAUGGGACUAAUGCGUCCGCUGAGACCUUUCAACAUGUCCUUCAAACAAAGCUACAGGGAUUGAAUGGAGUGAAAAAUAUCGCAGACGAUAUAAUCGUGUUCGGAAAAACACGAGCUGAACAUGAUCAAAAUUUAGAUAAAUGCCUUGCCCGCUUAUCUAAUUCUGGUCUAAAGUUAAACCGAGGAAAGUGUACAUUCCUCAAAGAUAAGCUGGAAUUUUUCGGACAGAUAUUUUCCAGAGAAGGCACACGACCUGACCCGAAACGGGUAAACGACUUACUCAAUGCUCCCCAGCCUUCUAGUGUUUCUGAAGUGCGUAGUUUAUUAGGCAUGGCUAACUACAGUAGCAAAUAUAUUCGUGACUUUGCGACUUUAACUGCCCCACUUAGAGAACUAACGAAAAAGAAUGCACGAUUUACAUGGUUGCCAAAACACCAAGCAUGUUUUGACAAAUUGAAAGCAACCUUAGCAUCAGCACCAUGUAUGUCAUACUUUGCUAAAGACAAAGAGACACUAGUCAUUGUAGAUGCUAGUCCCGUGGGCAUCUCAGCAAUUCUGUCACAACAGGAACCAGGUACGAAUGAUCCUAAAAUUGUUGCAUAUGCAAGCAGAUCCUUAACAGACACAGAAACACGUUAUUCACAAACAGAAAAGGAAGCUUUAGCAAUAGUUUGGUCUGUUGAACAUUUUCAUUUGUUUUUAUAUGGUAGCCAAUUCACUCUAGUUACAGAUCACAAACCGUUAGAAGUGAUUUAUGGAAGUCGAAAGGCGAAAGCUUCAGCAAGAAUCGAGCGCUGGAUCCUUCGACUUCAGCCAUACUCGUUUAAAACUGUUUAUCAGUCGGACGCAAAUAAUCCAGCCGACUAUUUAUCGAGACAUCCAAUCAACCCCAAUUCACGGAAGCAAGAGAAAAUGACCGAGGAAUAUAUUAACUUCAUUGUGCUUAAUGCGGUCCCCAGAGCCAUGACUCUGGAUGAAAUAAUAAAAGCGACAGUACGUUAA